UCGACAAUUCAGCGUCCGUAUCAUCGUGGUUAGGUGCAUAUAAAACGCGCGGGGACGCACUCCAAUGACUAACACGAACGGCGCGUAAAGAACGGUGUAAAUAAAUGGUCAUGAUGAGGUACGUUUACUGCGGGCGCGCGGCGCGUUAGUGAUGCCGGCUUUAGACGAGAGUAUUUCGCACGACACGACGAGCCCGCCCACGACCACGCACGACGGCCUAAUGUCCGAUGGUGCUUCCGACGGAGUUUCAGCUUCCGAUGGACUUUCGUCCGAGAAAGUGAAGACGUUUGUUUUCUCAUCGCGCAGGACUGCGCAAGACGGCACGCAGAGCGAGGAGAGUCUGGAGGUUCGCAUACCCGAGUUGCUGGAGGCUAGUUACAGCUUCUACAUUUGGCCCUGCGCACCUGUGCUCGCCUUGUUCCUCUGGGAACAUAGAGACGAUCUAGUCGGAAAGCACGUGUUGGAACUUGGCGCCGGUACUUCGUUACCUGGCAUUCUCGCCAGCAAGUGUGGCGCCAGUGUGACCCUGAGUGAUUCUGCAAACAACACCAGAGCCUUGCAGCAUAUCAGAAGAUGCACUGAAUUGAACGGAAUUCAAAACCAAGUACGAAUCAUUGGUAUUACUUGGGGCUUGUUUCUCAACAGUUUAUUUACGCUUGGACCACUAGACCUGAUCAUCGGUUCGGACUGCUUCUACGAGCCUACAGUGUUUGAGGAUAUAGUGGUCAUUGUAGCCUUUCUAUUGGAGAAGAAUCCACACGCGAGGUUCCUCUGUACAUACCAGGAACGUAGUGCCGAUUGGUCAAUCGAGCAUUUCUUGAACAAGUGGGGCCUCACGUGUACGCACGUACCGCUGGAUGAUCUUGGUGCGAAUUCCAAUGUCAGUGUGGAUGAGUUGAUGCAGGCUCAUACCAUACAUUUAUUGGACAUACGACGAAGGCCGUGAGGACUGAGUCUGCUGUGAGAAUAAUAAAGUUGAGCGCAAGUUAUG